CCUUAAGCGUUCAGUGUUUUUAUUUAUUUCUUUGUUUCAUGUGUGCAUAAAACAACAACAAUGGUGGAUAAUUGAAGAAGGGGACAUUCAUGAGGAUGAGCGAAUGACAUUUCCAGUUCCAGUUUACCAGACCGAUAGAGAAUCAACAGGGGGAGGAUGAAGCGGCGCAAUGCGGACUGCAGCAAACUCCGACGGCCGGUAAAACGGAACCGAAUCACCGAGGGUAUUUAUAGCAGUACGUUCCUGUACCUGAAGUUCCUGGUGGUGUGGGUGUUAGUUCUGCUGGCCGACUUUGUGCUGGAGUUCAGGUUUGAGUACCUGUGGCCGUUCUGGCUUUUUAUCCGAAGUGUCUACGACUCCUUCAGAUAUCAGGGACUGGCGUUCUCUGUCUUCUUUGUAUGUGUGGCGUUUACGUCAGACAUCAUCUGCCUCCUCUUCAUCCCCGUCCAAUGGCUGUUUUUCGCUGCCAGCACCUACGUAUGGGUCCAGUAUGUCUGGCACACAGAAAGAGGAGUCUGUCUACCCACUGUAUCGCUGUGGAUCCUGUUUGUAUACAUUGAAGCUGCCAUACGCUUCAAAGAUCUGAAGAACUUUCACGUAGACCUGUGUCGACCCUUUGCUGCUCACUGUAUCGGCUAUCCGGUGGUGACGCUGGGCUUCGGCUUCAAAAGCUACGUCAGCUACAAGAUGCGACUGAGGAAACAGAAGGAGGUGCAGAAAGAGAACGAGUUCUACAUGCAGCUUCUCCUGCAGGCUCUACCGCCAGAGCAACAGAUGCUACAGAGACAGGAGAGGGAGGCAGAGGAGGCUGCAUUGGCUAAAGGGAUCUCCGAGGUAGAACCAGCAGUCGUAUCCCAAAACGGAGCAGCUGCCGGAAAGAAAAGCCCCUCAGUGCCGUUACCAGAACUGGAGUACCGGGAAAAAGUGAAGGACAGUACAGCGAAAGAGAGCAAAAAACAAAACUCAGUGGGAAUCAAUAACAACAACAGUAUUGUACACGCACUGGACUCCAAAGUACAGGAGACAGAGUACAUAGAGAACUACGCCGGGGCAAAGAGACUGAAUAACGACCUGGCGGGAGACAACACACACACUGAAGCCAGCACACAGUCUGCUUCUAAAGAGGAAAUGGGAAGCACGGGGAAGAACUACAAAAACGCCAGUGGGGGCGGGGGAAACGUUUCCAACUCGUCGCCACGGAAUCACAGUUCUUCAAAUGGCAGCGUGCCGGCCGGUUCCUCGGCCAAUAAGAACGAGAAGAAGCAGAAGGGGGCGGGGAAAGGGCAGAAGGAUCCGGUGGAGAACUGCAUCCCCAACAACCAGCUGGGCAAGCCCGACGCCCUCGCACGGCUGGAGCAGGAUGUGAAGCGUCUGAAGGCAGAUCUGCAGGCCAACCGGCAGCUGGAGUCUGAGCUGCGCAGUCAGCUGUCCUCUAUGAGCAGCCAGGACCGCAACCUGCGCUCCGAACUGGGCCAGCUGCGCCAGGACAACGAGCUGCUGCAGAACAAGCUCCACAGUGCCGUCCAGGCCAAGCAGAAGGAUAAGCAGACCAUCUCCCAGCUGGAGAAGAGGCUGAAGGCGGAGCAGGAGGCUCGCGCCCUCGCCGAGAAACAGCUGGCCGAGGAGAGGAAGAGGAAGAAGAUGGAGGAGGCCACUGCUGCCAGAGCCGUAGCACUAGCAGCUGCCACCAGAGUGGAGUCCACCGAUUCUCUGCGUGGCCGGAUCAGAGAGCUGGAGACGGAGUGUAAGAAGUUCAGCAUGGACUCGAAGCUGAAGGAGGAGCAGAUGAGGGAUCUGGAGGGCAAGUGUCAGGAGCUGAGGAAGUACAAAGAGAAUGAGAAGGACACGGAGGUUUUGAUGUCGGCGCUGUCAGCCAUGCAGGAGAAGACGCAGCACCUGGAGAACAGCCUGAGCGCUGAGACCAGGAUCAAACUGGACCUCUUCUCGGCACUGGGGGACGCCAAGAGGCAGCUGGAGAUAGCACAAGGCCAGAUCCACCAGAGGGAGCAGGAGAUCGCCGAGCUGAAGCAGAAGAUAGCGGAAGUGAUGGCGGUGAUGCCGAGCCUCUCCUACUCCUCGGACGGCAACAACAUGAGCCCCGUCACCCCCCACUACUCCUCCAAGUUCAUGGACAAUAGUCCCUCCUCCCUGGACCCCAACGCCUCAGUCUACCAGCCCCUCAAGAAGUGACUCUGACAGAACUUUGUCUUUUUUCUUUCUUUUUGGUGAAGCGUUUGGGUUUAUUUCUGAGUUUACCAGCCCCUGACAGUUUUUGCACUCUGAUGUUACCACACAGCGCACACAGCCCCUCCAGACAUCCUUUGUUUCGGUUAUUAUUUCGAGAGGGUUGUGUACAGUAUUUUUUGUGGUGAGUUUUGGGGGAUUUAGCCAUUUAGACAGUGGGAUCUGUUUUGAAAAGGGGAGAAAGGAACACUAUUUGUUAGCCAAAUGUUUACUGAUGAGCCGUCAUGCAUCGCUUCAUGUCAGUCUUCCUUUGGUGUCCCCCUAUACAUAUCUUCUUUAAUAUUAAACUGACGCACAGGUAUUUUAGGUUAAAAAACAAUUGGCUUUUGAAUCUAAAUCACACCUGUAAAGUGAGGCCCAGCGAGAGAUACAUGAAUGUAAAGCUAUUCAUGUUUUGCCACCACCUUUAUCUUAAAUCAGUGAUUGUAUUGUUUCAGUUACGGCAAUGUACAUUUUCGUCCAAAAACUGGUGGUAUUGAACAGUUGCUGUGCUCUUCAGGUAUUCCAAUACAAUUGAUCCUCUGGAAUAGUACCAGGAUUAUCAGAUAGGUGACGAAGCAGAUGAUAUCGUGUCCUUUAAAACAUUAAAAUAAAGGCCACUGCUACUGUAGAUUCGACCUGGCACUGCCAAAACAUCCACAGACGACCUUUCCUUUCCUUCUGGACCAAAUUAGACCCCGUUAGGCCAUAUCGUUCACAGAAUUAAUGAUGUCAAAGGUAACCGCUGUUACCAUUAUUUCAGAUUUUACAGUGCCUUGCAGUUUCUCUUUUCUUAAGAUGCAAAAACCACAUAAUCCUGGGAUCUAAAAAAAGCAUCAUUGCUCGAUCUAGCUCUGCUCGCCUGGUUUCCAUUCAAGAUUUUUGACAUUCUGAUCCUUAAAAUUCAGUAUUCAAAGGCUUAAACAAUAAGACAUCACCUCAGACGCAGUUGUUUCCAGCACAGACUUAUUUAAAAGGGAAAACCUAACGUUGGAUAUGUCAUUUCACAGUGACGCAGUCUUGGUACGCCAAACAACCACCAAACUGAUUGUCUUUAGUUGUUUACAACGAUGUACAUUAACUUUGAGGAAUGUUCUCUUCGUUUAUUUCAUUUCAAGUGCCAAGUGUUGAUGUUCGGUUUCCAUCCAUACUUUCGGUUGAUGUAGCUAGCAUAAUGUUUGCAGAACGGUGCUGUUCUUUUUUUGUCAUUAUUGGGAUGGUGUUGUGUUUACAAAGUUCUGGGCUGAAGCGUUCCGUCGGACUGAUUGUGUUUCUUCACAUGUUUAUUUAUUUGUCCCCGACUUUCCUUCACCACCUCGAUAUUUCCCAUCAUGUUCAGUUGAGUUCCUAUAUUUUUCUACCAGGAAGGAUUGUGUGAAUGUGUUGUGUUGGGAAAAGGUCCCCCCCCCCCUCCGAACCAUUUGACCAUGUCGUGUUGUCAUGUUGCCUACCUGGGGAAACAAAAGUAUUAUUGGUGGAUCGCUCUGGUGUUGUGAAUUCAGUUUCUCGAAGUUGCUUUUAUAGGUUUUGUGGAAGGAAAAGAAGGGUUAAAAAAAGAAGUGCUUUGUUUUAUCUUUUUCAUUGUUCCACCAAGUUUGUUUUCUUUACUCAAAGUGAUGGUGGCUGUGUCACACGAUCACUUUGACCGUUACUAUUAAAGAAAGUCUUGCUGGUGGCAAUGCAAGCUGUUCAGUAUG